AGCUGAAAUAAAGGGGAACUAUACUGAGCUGAGCUGAGCUGAGUCCCCACUGGAAUAAAGGCACAUCUCUGCUGUUGGUGCCCCGGGCCUCUUUUCAGCUCCCUGCAUCCUGUGCCCCUGCCCUCAAAAUGAGCCAGUCCUCAAGUGACACAACUCCAUUCGUCUUUCAGUAUUUUCUCUACUAAAAACAAAUAAUACUGGGGGUCGGGCGGUAGUGCAGCAGGUUAAGCACACAAGAAUCAGCAUAAGGAUCCCGGUUCGAGCCCCCAGCUCCCCACCUGCAGGGGAGUCACUUCACAAGCGGUGAUGCAGGUUAUCUUUCUCUCCCCCUCUCCGUCUUCCCCUCCUCUCUUGGUAUCUCUCUGCCCUACCCAACAACAACGACAGCAAUAAUAACAGUAAUAAUAACUACAACAUCGAUAAAACAAUAAGGGCAGCAAAAGGGAGAAAGAGUAAUAUUCACAACAUAACUCUCAGAAACAGUACCAAUUCUGAAAAUAUACUAAGGGUACCCUAUUUUGUGUUACACCUAAAUUAUAAGAGAUGGGAGAAAUAGUGUCUUGGACUCCUGGGUCCUAAUGACGCUGGAGAUCUGGAUUUCAAGGUAAGAGGAGCUGGGAAAUUGAAUCCUAGAGUCUGAAGAUGGUGGGGAUGAGUAACAGAAACCCAAUAUUUUGUUUGCUCUCUCACUUUGCUCUUAGAGCAGAAUCCAAACCACACUAACUGGGGCCAAGUGGUGGCACACCUGGUUGAGUGCACAUGUUGCAAUGUGUAAGGACCUGGGUUCAAGCCCCCAUUCCCCUGCAGAGGCAAAGCUUUGUGAGUUGUGAAGCAGUGCUGCAGGUGUCUCUUUGACUCUCUCCCUCUCUAUUUCCCCUUUCCUCUCGAUUUCUGGCUGUCUCUAUCCAAUAAAUAAAUAAAAGAUAAUAAUAAUAAUAAACACCGUUACUACUAAAGACUGUCAACCCCAUAAGUCUGCUCCUUGUUAAAUAGCAAGUCAGGACUUAAGGAUAGGGGGCACCUAAUUAAUGUCUCAUCGGCACCAGCAAUUGCAUGCCUAUCCUCAGCAUUCUGAAUGUCAACACACCAAAUAAUUCAUACAAUAUAGUCUAAUGUUAGAUCUUUCUUCUUGGCUAGUUAUAUUUCUAAAAACUGCUUAUUUUUAUUUUUUUAAUUUUUAUUUAUUCCCUUUUGUUGCCCUUCCUGUCCAAAAACUUUUAUAAAGAGAUUCUAAAAGGACUUAUUUUCCCUAACUUAAGUUACUUUCUUGAAAUGUAUAUUGAUACUGCAUAUAAAGAAACUCAGAGGGUGAGUUUAAAGGUUUGACCUCCCAGUGUUGACCUCUGGAGAAGCAGAACCCAAAACCCAAAGACAGAAAAGCACCAAGUGAGGUCAGCUGUGCAUAUGCUACGUGCUCUGCCUCCUUACAACGCCAAUGGUGUCCCUCCAGAUUCACCCAAUGAGAUCAUCAGAUGCUUUCACACUGACCAAUGGCGUCCCUCCAGGUUCACCCAAUGAGCUUGUCAGCUGCUUCACACUGACCAAUGGCGUGCCCCCAGGUUCAUCCAGUGAGCGCAUCAGAUGCUUUCUCAUUGACCAAUGGGGCUUCAAGUGACACUUUAGGCACUCAGCGCCUGGAAGAGAAGGCCAGAACGGCAAGGGGCCUCGCUGCCAACAGAAUCUUUAGUGCUUCACACGGAUCCAGGCCCGUCCUUCCAGAACUCUCUAGCAGACGCCAUGGGAGCCUGUCAGCGCCAGGGUUUGCUGCUGCUCUUGCUGCUCGGAGCCUCCUCCCUGCCCUUGGUGCAGAACAUAGACUGUCACGAGGGCAUCCUCCUGAGCGUGGAAGAAGACCCGCGGAUGCUCAACUGGAGCGCGGGGCAGGCCGAUCGGUGUGACAAUGGCACUGCCUGCCAGGAGUCUGUGCUGCUGAUUAAAGCAGGGAACCGGACCGCAGUGCUGUCCAGUAAGGGCUGUGUCACCUCCGACAUGAUGAACUCAGUGACUUAUAUUCAGCAUUCACCACCUCCUGGCAUCGUCACAGUCUCCUACAGCAACUACUGUGAUGAGCCGCUUUGCAACAAGAAAAACGACUUUCUGGAGCUGUGGAAUCCAAGACUAGAUGCCAUUGUAUCAUCGGACUUCCGUUGCCCAACUUGUGUGGCUUUGGGGACAUGUACCAGUGCACCUUCUCGUCCCUGUCCCAAUGGUACAACUCAGUGCUACCAAGGAAAACUUCAGAUCACUGGAGGAGGCAUCAGCUCACAGUUGGAGGUCAAAGGCUGUUCAUCCUUCAUGGGUUGCCAGCUGAUGUCUGGGGUCCUUACAAUAGGACCCAUGUGGGUGAAGGAAGUGUGUCCGUACGAAUCUCUCCGUCAAUCCCGAAGGGUUGAAAAUGGGGGCACCUCGCUUCCUGUUUCAGUUUGGAGGUUAGAGCUGCUGCUGCUGCUGCUGCUGUUUCUGAAAUAGUGUCCUAGGGCACAGGAUGUCUUUUCUUGCACGGGAACCCUUUGGCUUUUGGCUGUGUUGGGGAGUAGGUGGAGAUUUGAGGGAGAACAAAGAGCUCCUGUGGGUGUAUUUGAUGUUUCUAAUAAAGUUUCUGCUAUGACUCUUGCAUGCUCCAAA